CCGAUGCCGAAGCUGCCUCUGUCUCCAGUGCCGGAACAAGAGAACGACGUCGGGGCUCAGCCGCCGGGCAGCAGCUCUUCUUUCGAUGUCAGCGAGAGCGGGAGCAGCUCUCCAGACUCUGCUGUGGGGGGAAAGGUUAGAAAGGCUAGGCAACAGGCUAGUCCAAGGUAUGUUGCUGAACCCUCCGAAAGUGAAAUGUGUCAUGCAGAGAAAACUGAAAGUGAUUCAGAAGAGGGGGACCAUGAAGAACAGACACAAGAAGACACUGACAAUGAGGAAGAGUGGGAUACAGACCUGGAGAUUGAAGAGUCUAAGAAGGCUUAUGAUCCAACAGGAAAAGCCAAAUACCUUGAGAUCUGCCACACAUAUGGUGUUCCUCCUGUCUCUUAUUUUAUACGGCACAUGAAAGAUUCUGAGCUGUCGCUGAUGCACCAUGGCCUUGGCCCAAAGGGGGUCAAACCUGUGGCUCUUUCCCUGGCAAACAAUACGUCUGUUCUGAAAUUAAACCUAAGUGACAAUUGGCUGAAUGGAGAUGGGACAGCUUCAGUGGCAGAGAUGUUAAAGGAAAAUUGCUACAUUUCAGAUGUUGAUUUAUCUGAGAACAGGCUGGGGAUGAAAGGGACCAAGGCCCUGUCUGCUAUGCUUCUGGAGAAUACCACACUUGUGUCACUGAAACUCUCAGGAAAUGAAUUAAAUGAUCCAGCAGCCAAAUAUCUAGCUGGUGCCCUUGUCACCAACAACAAACUGGUAUAUCUUGAUCUGAGCCAUAAUGCUUUUGGAGAGUCAGCAGGUAAAAUGGUUCUUCCGGCAGUGUCAGGAAAAGGAGCAGUUGCUGUUGCCAAAGGUCUGGCGGGAAACAUAUUCCUCCGGGUGGUGGAUCUCUCCUACAAUGGCUUUGGCAACAGGGGAGCUGCUGCCCUGGGAGAGGCCCUAAAAAUCAACAAUGUGCUGGAAGAACUUAAUGUCAGCAAUAAUCACAUUUCACUGGAAGGAGCCCUCUGCCUCGCUCUGGCCCUGAAAGACAACAAGACUCUCAGGAGCCUCAGUAUGGCCAGAAACCCCAUACAGAGUGGAGGCUGCAUUAGGAUUCUGAAAGCCGUCCAAGCAAAUCCUGGCGCUGUCUUAGAAGUCCUGGAUUUUUCAGAGAUUGUGUUGAAGGAAGACAUUGCAGGCCUCUGUGAUGCUGUCCAUGAAAUCUUUCCAGGCCUUCAGAUCAAACAUGAUGGGACCAGACUCCCAUUCAGAGCAGACAAAUCCAAGGUGUGAACGCCCUCUUGGAAUCGUGGAGGGCAAAGGAGUUGCUUAAAUGGCAUGUGAGAAGCCUCCGUGCUUCUUAGUCACUCCCAUCACACUGUCACCUCUGCCCAAACUAGACUUUUUUUUACUGUUUUUACCCUACUGGAAAACUUCAAAACCUGUUAGGCCAGAGACAACAGCCAGACAAAAGACACAAUGCCUGUGUUAUACCCAAUUCAGUACUCUGAAUGAACUAUUGUCAUCUGUCAACAUCCAAACACUGUCAGAAAUACCUCCAUUGGAAGGACUCCCACCUUUCUAACAAAAUUAAAUGAGAAAAAAACAACCAGGAUGUAUAUGGGAAGAGGAACUUUUUCCUCCCUGCCUUUAGUCUUCUGUGAAUUCAGGCAAAAUGGAAUGCUGCUGGUGAGGCAUGUAAUCAAUUCUUGGGAUAUUUCCUUAUAGCACUAAAAAGCAGGAGGAAGGA